CAUCGAGUGAUGGUAGUUGGUGUAAACAGUUGUGCCCGGUUGGCAGGUGUUGAUCAAUAAAAAUGCAACUGGGCAGUCGGCCCAUCGCUUACGAUCUGCCUGAAACAGUGAUUGUUGCGUAAUCCCGCCGGAGGUUCUUUGCGCAAGCGAUUCAGAAAACUUGAACUACUCGCCUUGAUUAGGGCUCCCUUAUCAUUCCCAAUAUGCUCGGCAGCUUCAGUUUGAACUUGAUGCUGAAAAAUUGGGUUAUCAGUCUCUAAGCGACUAAGGUUUCUGAUCACUGAAAAGAAACAUGACAACUAGAAAUUAAAUAACAUAAAAACCAUUUUAAAAAUUUAGCAGUAGCAGAUUAUUUUAUUAAGAAUUUCUUUCUCUGCAUAAUUGAUAGUGAAUAUGAGGUGGUUAAUUAUUUUUUGGCGAAGAUUCAGUAUUCAAUCGAGCAUAGAACGCGACGAAACUUCCGGAAAACAAAUAAGUCUUUAAGUCAUGGAGUUACGAAAAGAAGUCCUAGUUAGCUUUGGGCUGUUGCUUCUUGUGGUUGAAUGUCUGGCUUUACUUAAUCACGAAGCUGAAUCUAUUAAUAAUUGUGUAAAAAAUUAUGGAGGACUCACUCCAGAGACAAGCGAGAGGCUGUCGCGAUUCAAGGAAUGGUCAGAGGGCUAUGAGGAAAUUCCGUGCUUCACCCAGUGCUACCUCAAUGAAAUGUUUGAGUUUUACGACAUCCAGACGGGUUUCAAUAGGACAGGUGUUAUCAAGGCUUUUGGAGAGCCAGUCUACAACGCAUGUUCCCCGAAAUUGCAAUUGCCUUGGGGUUCAAGUUCCAGUAGUUGCACUCAUGCCUUUGUGGGAUUUCAUUGUCUGACAAAAAUGGAGGGCCACCCAUUUAUGCUGAUUGAAGGUAUGACGAAUCUCGCUCCGAUAGCCAAGGAAGCGAUGAAGGACUGCCUACAGGCGGUGGAUCUGCAAGAAUGGGAUCGCUUCCAGGCCUUUGCCGGUUUUCCAGUUUCUGAGCCAAUUCCCUGCUUCACCCGAUGCUUCCUUGACAAAUUGGGUCUCUUUGACCAGAAAACGCGACGCUGGAGGGUGCCGGCCAUGCAGCAGCGUCUGGGUGUUCCCGCCGAGGGGUCCCCAUAUGGGCAGUGCCAUCGACACAGGGGCCGCAAUAUCUGUCAAACUUACUACAAGCAGUUCACAUGCUACGCCAUGGCUAAAAAAAACGAAAAUGUAUCCUAAAAAAGUUGGGUCUUAUAAAAGAAUUUUAGAAAAACUUGAAUAAAAGAAUGUUAAUUCUUAAAAAAAAAUAAAA